UGUUGCAAACAACAAUUGUAGUAUCAAAACAGUUACUAAUAAUGGAAGCUCCAAGAUUUGUCUUCUUGUCUUUGCUUCUUCUUCUCCUCACAGCUUCAAUAAGCUCAGCUCAACUCACUCGUGGCUUCUAUAACAAUGUAUGUCCCAAUGUUGAACAAGUGGUUCGCGCUGCCGUGACUCAGAAGUUUCAGCAAACUUUUGUGACUGCUCCCGCCACUCUUAGACUCUUCUUCCAUGAUUGCUUUGUCAGGGGUUGUGAUGCUUCGGUUUUGAUUCAAUCUCCAAUUAAUAAAGCAGAGAAGGAUCAUCCUGAUGAUAUCUCACUAGCCGGGGAUGGCUUUGACACGGUUAUUAAGGCCAAGGCGGCUGUUGACAAGGAUCCUAAGUGCCGAAACAAAGUCUCUUGUGCUGAUAUCCUCGCUCUCGCUACAAGGGAUGUGGUCAAUUUGGCAGGGGGUCCAUUUUACAAUGUCGAUUUAGGAAGGCGCGAUGGAAGAAUAUCUACUUUGGCCGGUGUUCAACACAAUCUUCCUGGCCCUAAUUUCAAAUUGGAUCAACUCAACACCAUGUUUAAUCAACACGGUCUCUCUCAAACCGAUAUGAUUGCAUUAUCAGGUGCGCAUACGAUUGGAUUCUCUCACUGCAACCGCUUCUCAAACCGAAUCUACAGAUUCAGCCAAACAACGAGAAUCGAUCCAUCAUUGAAUUUACAAUAUGCUUUACAGCUUAGGCAAAUGUGUCCAUUGAAUGUUGAUCCUAGAAUUGCCAUUAACAUGGAUCCUAUCUCACCUAGAAAGUUUGACAAUCAAUACUUCAAGAAUCUCCAACAAGGAAAAGGACUAUUCACUUCUGAUCAAGUGUUGUUCACAGAUUCAAGGUCAAAGGCUACAGUUAAUCUUUUUGCAUCCAAUGAAAAAGCUUUUCAAACUGCUUUUAUUGAUGCUAUUACUAAGUUGGGAAAGGUUGGUGUUAAAACUGGUAAUCAAGGUGAGAUUAGGAUUGAUUGCUCCAAGGCCAACUAGAAAAACUACUUAUAUGACAUCAUUGUCGGAUUUCGAUUCUCUGCAUUAAUAAAAGCGCGCAGUUGUUCGGAAUAGUCAAUCUCAAACAUUGGUUUGAGAUUGUUCGGUUUAUAUUACAAGCUUAUUCAAUUUAUUUUAAAUCAGAUGGUCGAGAUCAGUAACAACGGAGUCAAUUUCCAUCAUUAUUAGUUCUUUUGAGGGUUUAUGAGUUUUGUAUA